CGCGACAAACAACAAGAACAAGAACACACAUCCUUGUAUUCACUACAAAAGCAAAAUCUUUCUUCUUGCAACGUCGAAUACUUGGAAUAACUAAACCAAAGAACCGGAAAAUGGACGAAGGAUACCAUCGUCCGAGACGGCCGGCAAGCGAAACAAUAGCCUAUUUGCGGGGUCUUCCCCUGGACAUCGAUUCCGCACACCAAGAGGUGGCUCGCUUUCUGUCAAAGGAUUCGGGGGCGGGCACGGGAGCCGACGUCGGCGAGCACGACGCCGACGACGAUUUCUUCCCGCAGAGCCUGGCAGCGGCGUUUUCCGCCCUGGAAGAAGUCAAGGGCGAAAUAGCGUCGCUGGCGGGGGACGAAUACGGCUCGCAAUCGAUCGAAAUCCUUGCGCAGAUCGCGGCCCCGUACUCCGAGAUCGCCUCCCGGAUCUUGCUGAACGCCUGCAGGGGCUAUUACCUGCACCUGGCAACGCACCGGUAUGGAUCCCACGUCCUCCAAACGAUACUGCAGCUGUCCUCCUCGGCGCACAGCGACGACACAGGUGCCGAUCUCGCCAUGCACGAGGAAGCUCCCCCCUCGCUCCGGGACGAGGGCACCGAGCAGUCACUCCCGUCGCUGCACGACUGCAUCCAGGCGAUCGUCGAGGAGCUCUCGCCGCACGGCCCGGACCUCGCGGUGCAUCUUUGCGGUUCGCACGUCCUCCGCACCCUGCUGUGCGUCCUCGGGGGCGUCUCCCUGGAAGCCUGCCGCGGCGGCAAUGGCAGCAACAACAACAAACGAUUCGACCAGACGGGGGGCGCGAUCCGGGGCCGCCUCAAACCCAAAAAGAAGAAAAAGAAAAAGCCGAGGGCCGAUGCCAGCAGCCCCACCGGAGACGCCGCUCCCCACGCCGGCACCAUGGACGUCGUGUACCAAACCAAUCCCAGGGUCGAUCCGGGCUUGUUUGCCUCGACUCUUGAAUCCCUCUCUAGUGCUCUGCUAGGAACCCCUUCCGAGGAUCCCGGGGAGCUCCAGCAACACGCGUGCCACUCCAGUGCCGGGCCCCUGCUCAUUGUCCUGGUGCGGGUGCUGACCUAUGCAGCCGACGGGGCCCGGGAAGAAUUCUCGGUGCCCCAGGGAAACGGCUCCGACCCGGAGGCCGCAAAGAAAAACGCCAACAACUCGAUCGCCGACUUUCGAAUGGGGAUCGCCAAGACCGAGCCUCGCUAUGCGGAGGGCUCCCCGGCGGACAAGGCGGUCAAACGGAUUCUGUGCUGGCAGGAGGGGGCCGACCAGCAGGAAUACGCCAGCGACGUCAUCUACGGCCUUUCCGGGGAACCUCGUGGAUCCCACGUCCUGGAAACCAUCAUGAGGCUGUGCCCGGACGGAUUUUACGAUUCGCUCCUGAAAUACGGUGAUUUUCUGACGGCCCAGACGCUGCAGGACUACGCGGAGCACCCGGUUUCGAACUUUGUCGUCCAGACGAUGCUGACCACCGUUCGCAGCAAGGAACAGGCCGAAACGGUUCUGAAGGUGGCCGAGAAGGUCGUUUCCAGCGGUCUGGCGAUCGAUCCUGCGAAAAAGCGCCGGGGGAUCUUGUGGAGGGCCACCGAGCUCGCCGCCCGGUACCGGAUCGAACAGGACGGCUUGCUCAAGGCGGUCCGACUGGGCUUUCUCUCCUGGAAGGGCGAGAGCAGCGGCGGAAGCAACGAUGCCGAAGCCACCGCCGAGGAGGGCGGCAAGAAGAAGAAACAACGAAAAAAGGCCUCUUCCGUCGAGCUGAAGGAUUGCAUCCCCGAGCUGAUCGGCCUGAGGCGGAAUCCCGGGGACGACCAGCGCAUCACCCUCGACGCGGCGGGGUGUCGAUCGGUGCACCACAUGCUCCGCUUCUCCCCCCGCCUGUGCCAGGACGUCCUCGACGGAAUCAUUGGUGGCCUGCAAGCGGAGGACCUGGUCUCGAUCGCCAGGGACGGCCUCGGCAGCCGUUGUUUGAUGGACGGAAUCCUGGACGGCCCGGUCAAGACCCCGAUCUUUGCGGGCGCCUGCAAGGACCUCCGGGAACGAAUGGCCGGGUCCUGGACGUCCCUCGCGACGGACCGGGUGGGCCACCACACUGUGAAGAAGCUCUUUCGGGCGCUCCCGAAGAUCGACGACAAGGCCAGGCUCGUCGAGGAGCUCGUGGCCGGGGGGAACCGCCUGCACGGGAACCCCAUGGGCCGGAGCGUUGUCGACUCGUGCCUGGUCGACGCGUACGCGGAAAACCGAAAGGAGUGGAGGCACAGGGUCGGGAAGCUCCUGUCGACCUCGGAGGAGAAGUUCCUGUCGGAGAUCACGCGCCAGCCAGAGCCCAAGACGACCGGCGGGGAGAAGGCCGACGGAGGCGGAGGAAGGGAGGACGCACCCGUCGCCGCCAAGGCAAAGCGAAAGAGGCGACGGAAGCGAAAGAACGCGGAGGGUACCGAGGGCGGCGGGGAAGAGCCGCGAAAGGCCGCAAAGACGUCGACGAUUUCGACGGAGGCCAUUAUGAACAUUAUGAACGUGCAUUGAAGUAUCCAUUGGCUAGCAUCCUGCACGAAUUGACAUCUCCUUCGUUCGCCUUGUGUUUGGCGUUUGUGCCGGUAUUUUUUGGAGGUUGGCAGAAGCACGUAGACUGU